AUGGCAUACAGUCGCCCAACGGACCUGGAUGGGUUCUACAUCCACCUUGCUAAACCCGAUACCAAAUUGAGGCAGCAAGUGGGCGCAGACCUUUUGACAUUUCUAGCAGAACCAUUAAAUUCCAUUGCAUGCCAGGAUAUAGGCUUGUUUGUCGACGGUCUGAUACCAUGGAUGCAAAGCAGCAACUACAAGGUAUCCAGCAACGGCAUCGAAGUGCUCACCUACCUCGUCGACCGGCUCGGCACCGACUUCCGCCCCUACCUGCAGACAGUGUUGCCGAUAGCGCUCGACCGGCUCGGCGACGCGAAGGACGCGGUGCGCGAGAAGUCGCAGCUGCUGGUGCUGAAGCUGCUCGAGCGCAACGUGAUCGCGCCGCAGCAGCUGCUCGAGAAGCUGCAGCCGGGAUUUGCGCACAAGAACGCCAAGAUCAGGGAGGAGGUGCUGCGUUGUCUAGUUAAUACGUUGAACGAGCACGGAGCCCACUCUCUCACCCUCACCAAAUUCAUCCCGGACAUCGUGAACCUGCUCUCGGACCCCGCAGCCACCGUACGGGACACCGCCUUCAACACCUUGGUCGACCUCUACAAGCACGUGGGCGAGAAGCUGCGCAUCGACUUGCAGCGCAGGAACAUCGUGCCGCAGGCGAAGUGGCCGGUGCUGGCCGCCAAAUUCGACGAGGCCAAGAACCGAGGCGAGCUGUUGCCGGGUGCCGUGAAGAGUAUCGACUUAUCUUCUGACGAACCAGACAGAGUCCUGAUGGCUAAACCGAUGGUACCGUUGAAAAAACCGGUACUUGGCAGUGCUGUCAAGCAGAGGGCUAUGGUAACGCCCAGUAGUGCAAAUAAUGCUCUCAGCCGUGUCGGUUCCAUAAGAAAUUCUGCUGCAUCUUCAUCUGGUGCUGUGGAUGAGGAAUAUUUUUUAAGAUCAUUUGACGACUGCCCUACAGUACAAUUAUUCUCCGCCAGGGAGGUUACAGAACAAUUGAAAAAUAUUCAGGAUAUCAUCUCCGAUCCGAAUAAAGAUUGGAACAAAAGAGCGGAUGCUCUGAAAAAAAUCAGAUCUCUGAUCGUAGCAGGAGCGAUGGGCUACGAAGAAUUCCACGUGGGCCUGCGCAGUCUCGACAUGCAUCUGCAAGGAUCAGUGAAGGAUUUGAGGUCGCAAGUCGUGCGAGAAGCUUGCGUGACGAUUUCCUAUCUCUCGCAGAAAUUGGGAAACAAGUUCGACAAGACCGCCGAAAUUCUGCUCCAGCCUCUGAUCAAUCUCAUCCAGAAUUCGGCUAAAAUCAUGGCCACUUCCGGCUUGAUAACCGUCAACAUCAUCAUCCAGAACACUCACAGCUCUCGACUGAUCGGCAUAAUAACGAACAACGCACAGAAAUCCAAGAGCAAAGAGAUCAGACGGGCGUGCUGCGAGUUUUUAGAGUCCAUUUUGAAUAAUUGGCCGAGGCACCCGCUGGAAAGGCACGUGGCCGUUUUGCAGGAGACGAUCAAGAUCGGAAUCGCCGACGCCGAUCCCGAGGCCAGAGUUAGUUCGAGAAAGGCGUUCAAGGGCUUCAGAGACCACUUCCCCGACCACGCGGAGAAUCUCCUGCAAUCGCUGGAGGCGAGCUACAGACGGGCGCUGCAAGGGGAGUCGAUGUCCGCCAGCUCAUCGAACAACAACAUCGCCGGCGGCUUCAAGACGCCGCGGCAGUACGGCAGGUCGGCGGCACCCAGUACGACAGAUUCUGCGCGUAAAGGUUGCAGAAGUAAUUCUGCAAUCGACCUUCAAGCUGCACAGCGAGCAAAAGCAAGAGCACAAUAUUCUGCGAUGGCUAGAACUAAAAUACAAUCUGGUACCGCGAGCCUUCAGGGAGAGGUAGCUCAACAAGCUCGACCUAGAAAAUCUUCAGAUGUCAUAUCUACUGCUUCUCCUGAAAGAAUGGCUAGGACAAGAAAUAGAAACUCCCAAUCACAACCGACGAGUAGAUCGGGUUCUCCCAGCUCGCGUUUGGCCUAUCUGUACCAGCGAGCAGCCGACCACGAUAGUCCCAGGCCGAGGAGGAUGUCUUCAGGCAUUCCCCGAUCGACGCAGGGUUCUAGGGACACGUCUCGAGAAACGAGUCCCAACAGGGGCAACACGAGUUUGACAAGGCUACGGAGGGGGAACGACAGGCCGCCGUUGAGUCCCGCUUCGAGACCGGUGUUGGCACAGAAAAUUCUGCAACAGAGCAGAGAGGCCGAGAAUGCAUUAGCCGACGUUCUCAGCUCGUCGGAUCCCUUCAGGAGUCCCAGAAGGACGUUGCGCUCCAUUGACAAUCAGUCUGACGAAUCCGAGACGUCUAGCGUGUGUUCGGAAAGAUCGGAGCGAUCUUUCGAAUCGUUCAAAAGGCCUUGCGAUGACAUCAACCAAAUUAUGAUGAUGUGCACAAGCACCAACUGGCAAGAACGCAAAGACGGCUUACUCUCCCUACAGUAUUACCUCGCCAACGAAAUCCAAUUGACGGAAGGCGAACUGAAACACCUCACCGAAAUAUUCACCAGAAUGUUCAUGGACUCGCACACGAAAGGCGUAAGCGUCUUCCUGGACACCCUACACGAGGUCAUCAAAACGUACAAGGGCCAAUUGGACUGUUGGUUGUACGUGCUGCUGCAGCGAGUCUUCCUGAAAAUCGGCACCGAGACGCUGAGCUCGAUACAGAGCAAGCUCAUGGCCACCUUGGAUCUGAUCAAGCACAGCUUCCACGUCAAGUCGCUCAUCGGGAACGUUUAUCGGUUUCUGGUGGACGCUACGCAAACGCCGAAUGCGCGCGUCAAGACGGUCGUCAUGAAUUUUUUGAGCUCGCUCUGCACCAACCCGGACGCUGCUCAGUACCUUUCGCAGAAUUUAGCCAAUCAAGCUCUGCUGAAGAUCAUUUCGUUUGCUCAAGACAUGAAGUCCAGUGAGACGAGGCAUGCUGCCAGGCUGUGUUUGGUCGCGUUGUGGAACUGCAACACUCCUCAGGUGACCAUGAUGCUGACGGAACUGCCGAAGGAGACGCAAGACCUCGCCCAGCACGUCGUCCACCACCACAUGCGCAAGAGCUCGACGGGUAGCGAGCCGGGCAGCCCGAUGGCGGCGGCCGGCAGCCCGAAGUGCCUCUCGCCCGGCGUGUCACCGCUCAGGGACGGGCCGGACCAGGAGGAGGUCUACCGCAGCCUCAGGCGGACCACGGCGGAGAUACAGAAUUACAGUUUCGAGACGUCAGGUUCCAAGUUAGAUAGGGAUAGAGAUACGACGUCACAGGACUCGGGUAUAUCGCAAAUGUCCAUCGGCAACGAUGUCGGCAAGGAUGUCAACAUAGAGGAGAGAAUGGAGGAGCUCAAUAUCAGGCCGAACUUCCACAUCAGGUCGGGGCCGAGGUCUUUACCUUAUGCAGCUGUCAAUGGAGUUACAGAGACUGAUUCUAAUGGUUUUAGGAGUUUAGGAGAAAUAAAAGACUCGGAACAAGUCAUAGCAAGCGUCAUAGAAAAAUGUUUAAUAGAUGUACCCAUAUCAAAAGAGGAAAAGAAAAAAUUGCUCUAUCAGUUAUACGAAAUGAUCAGGAGUGGCCAAGUUGAACACGUCAAGAAGAACUUCAAGAAAAUCCUUCGUUUGCUGAUCGACAAUUUGAACGAAAAAGAAGAUGCCGGUAUUCAAGUUGCGGUUUUGCAAAUUCUCAGGGCCGUUUUCGAGGCUCCGAAUAUGAAACCUUGUUGGAGCAACUUUGUAGAAUUGUUGAUUAUGAGGGUACUGGAUGCGCACACUGUAGAGAAAAAAGAGGUUAUGAAGGAGGCCGAAGCGACCGCCGCCGCGAUGGUGGUCUGUCCGUUCGAGACGGUGGUCGCCACCCUCGCCCCCUUCAUCAGGACGAGUCCCUAUCCGGCCCUUUUGGGGGCCAUCAAGAUGCUCACCAAGCUGAUCGAGGCGAAUCCCAACGAGGUCACCGACGAUCAUCUGACCAAAAUCAUGACUGGACUGGUCAAUGCGACAGACCAUCAAGAAAGCCCCGUGAGGAAAAGCUCGAUAUUCUGUAUGGUGGCCUUGUACAAGGCCGUAGGCGAAGAGCGAUUGACGACGCACAUCAGCCACCUGCCCGGCAGCAAGGUGAAGCUGCUGCGGCUGUACAUCAGCCGAUCGGAGACGGUCGCCUCGGUGCCCACUAGUCCGAAGAACAACAACAACGGCAGCUAG